AGACGCGAAUUAUGUGUCUCCAAUUACGACUUGUAAAAUUUUAAUUAUGCCGAAAAUUUCUUAAACAGUUUAGAAAUUUAGCAGGCAUCUAUAUAUUCGCCUAGUGCAUGAAGUUUUAACAUCAACGUUGACUUCGUGAGUGUGCGACUGUAUAUAAAUAGAAAAAACAUAUCGGAGAAGGGUUUAUACAGAAAGGAUGUUGACACGACACGCUAUAACCACCGAAUCUAAUCACGUCGCAACAGUGCCAAUAAAUCUUGUCGCUACCGAAGAUGGUCGAACGCUGUUGGCAGUGACAGAGGAUAAAGACGGUUCUUUGGAAAUUAUCGCAACUCCGGUUACACUUCUUGAUCAAAACGAUACAACCACCUCGUUAAUGGAUGUAAAAAAUCUAAAUGGUUGUUUGAUAUUGCACCCAUCUGUUUUUCAAAUAAACCUGGAAGAUGUCGAUGGUUUGGAACUUGAACAAUCUACGCAAAGUCUGCAAAUUGAUCCUGAUGUAUCCCAAGAAUUCAAAACCCGACUAAACUUGGAAAGCAUAAAUCACAUUCUCAAUAAUGACUCGAACUCAAAAGAGAAAGAAGAUGAAAACAGUAGGGAAAAAUUAAUGGCAACAACUACAAAUACAAAUAACCCUGGAAGACCCAAAAAGAAUGCUGCAAUUUCAAUAAAAGCCAAAGAGGGUCUAAGAUGCGACAUAUGCCAGCAAGAAUUCAUUAAACAGGCAUUAUAUAAAAAGCACAUGGAGAAUCAUGCUGAAGAAAAGCCGCAUCGAUGUCCGAAAUGUUCCGCGGCGUUCAAUGUACCGAUCAAUUUUACAUUGCAUAUGGCAACCCAUAAUACCGGCGACCCAAAAUGCCCUGAAUGUGGCAGAAAAUUUGCGAGAAUGGCUAGUUUGAAGUCCCAUAUGUUAUUACAUGAAAAAGAAGAAAAUUUAUUCUGUACAGAAUGCGAAGAUGUUUUCUCAACUAAAGCUCAAUUAGAUGCACAUUUAAAACACCACGGUGAGAAGUGGACAACCGAAGAAGCACGAAAAUGUAAACUGUGCAAUAAACAAUUCGGGCAGCCAGCGCUCUAUCGACUUCACAUUCGUGAACAUUACAGGUUGCAGACAAAGAUUGUGAAGCAGACGAAAAGGGGAGCAAAGCAUAAGACAGUUUAUAAAUGUACAAUAUGUUUAAAAUCCUUUCAAAAACCAAGCCAAUUAAUGCGUCACAUUCGGGUGCAUACGGGUGAAAAACCUUUCAAGUGUACAGUGUGUGGUCGCGCCUUCACACAAAAGAGUUCUUUACAAAUUCAUAUGUGGCAACACAACGGUAUUCGACCACAUGCAUGUGAGCUCUGCAAUGCCAGGUUUAGUCAAAAAGGUAAUUUAAAUGCUCAUAUAAUGAGAGUUCACAACGUGCCAGAGGGGGAGCCUACAUACGGAUGUAAUUAUUGUUCUUGUGUCUUUAAGAAACUUGGCAGUUUGAACGGUCAUAUGAAACGCAUGCAUACAGAAGUCGACGAGGAUAAUGCCACUGACAGAGACCCUCGAACCACCGAUAGCAUGGAAUCUGACAUUUGCGCAACCGUAGACAGUGUUAUAACGCAGUUGGCGUCUUUGGAGUCGAACGUGGACGAAGCUAGAACAGCAGACAAUCUCGUAAACAACGGGCUGUCGGCGGGGGCCCCGACAAAAAAGGAUAUCCUACAGCAGGCUCUGAAAAACAGUGGUCUUCCUAGUAAAAACAGAACCGUUUCUGAAGGUACACCGGGAACGACAAAAUUGGAGGCGCGCACAAAUUUUGUUACUUUAUUGGAUCGAGCAUUGGACGGUGGCACCAGAAAAUAUUUGACGAUACAGCAACGAUGCGUCGGAAACGUAAGAUGGUACGCGUGUACCUUUUGUCAUAAAGAGUUCAAAAAGCCGUCAGACUUAAUACGCCAUUUACGCGUGCAUACGCAAGAAAAACCGUUCAAGUGCACAUACUGUUAUCGUUCGUUCGCUUUGAAAUCUACUAUGACAGCACACGAACGUACCCAUACAAGUAAUAAGAGAUACAGUUGUGGUUCUUGUGACAAAAUAUUUAUAAGCCAUGACAGCUUGGUUGCUCAUGCCAGAUUGCAUGGAAAGUCGGAUGAAUGCAUCGACGUAUCAGUUGGUAACGAUGGAGAGGAUACUAGUAUCGGCGCAGUAAUUAACGUCGGUAUCGAUACUAACGAUCGAUCGAAAAUCCACGCAAAGAAUAAAUCAAAGAUAUACCCAAAAGCAGAAAAUCUUGUGUCUCAAGUGGUGUUGCAAGAACCACUGGUGAUCAGUGACACCGGGAACAAAAUAUGCGUGGUACAGGUACCUCCGAAGAAGCGGACAUAUGAUGCGGCAGUUGAUCCAGCUAGGCCGCACAAGUGCUGGGUGUGUCAAGCGGCAUUCAGAAAAAUCAGUCAUUUGAAGCAACAUCAUCGUCGUCACACGGGAGAACGUCCGUACAAGUGUACGAAAUGCGACAGGAGGUUCACGUCAAACAGCGUUCUGAAGUCUCAUUUGCAUACACAUGAGGAUUUCAGACCUUACGAAUGUUCCGUUUGUAGUGCAAAAUUCUCCACGCAAAGUAGUAUGAAAAGACAUUUAGUUACUCAUAGUAACAAAAGACCAUUCAUGUGUCCGUACUGUCACAAGACGUUCAAGACUUACGUUAAUUGCCGUAAACAUAUGAAAAUACAUAAGCACGAAUUGACACAGCGGGUAUAGUAUUCGAUGUUGUAGAAAUAGAAACAAGAGCAGCCUACAGACGAGUUAGAUUCGAAGGAAAAUCAUAGGCAAGAAACAGACCCCGCAUUGUCGUGUUGUUCUUCGUCCCGUUUUUCUGUUGGAACCACCACUAACGAUCCUCUCGUCAUCGCUGACAACACCGAUUCUGUGGUCGCAACAUCAUCCACAUUUUCGGAUAACCUUCAACUUUCUCGACUUGACCCAGUUGAAGUUUCUUUUCAGCAGCAAAUCGAAUCAAACUUCCCGCAAACGUUUCCGAAUGAAUUUCAAGACGUCGUGACUGGAGGAAAGGAAAGAAUAAGGUCAAUUUUAUCAGCGAACUGUAGUACCGAAACAACCAUUAGCGAAAGUAUGACGGGAAUGACAGUGACAAAUUUGGAAAAUUCACAAUUAUUGCACGCCGAUGAUAGCGGUUCGGUUACCCUACCCGUUUAUUCCGCCGAUCAAGGUCUAACACCGGAGAGUAUACAAGACAUCGAGGAAACAUUGAACCGACAGCUUUUCAACAUUGGAAUGAAUCUUAGUCUGGGAAGCAACCAUUCAAGACAUUCCUGUGGAUCUAGUGAUUUACAGAAUGUGAAAGAGCAACAUCAGCAAGUUGCGUUGAACGUCAUCUACGAAAAUAACAACAAUUCUAAUAACAGUAACAACAAUAUUCACCAGUCUGGGGAACAAGUUUUCACGUCACAGUUGGAUUCAUUUGAGAUGGAUCAUAUCAACUUGCAAUCGGCAAGUGAAAUUGCACUGGAUAAUAUUGAACUAGAUACAAACGGUUCAACAAGUAUGGCUAGUAUACUGCCCAGAAGUGUAAAGGAAGACCGUCGACUUUCCGUUUCGACUGUUGCCUGUGCCCCUGAGAACCUGAACGGUGGUGCUGAUCAGAUAAAUAGGUGUGUGCAGACGGUGGUGUUAAUUUCCGAGGAGAGUGUUACGGGAAAGGAAACAACGUCAAAUGAUUUGGAAAUACAUCAGGCGGACGAGAACGUUAGUCGGGGACAAUCCGUCACUAUCGAUCCCGUAUUCUUAACAGAAGAGUUUCGAAGAACGACGAAGGACCUUCCAUUGAAGGCACACAACGCAGCGUCAUCAACCGAGAUGAACACGGAAAAUGUUGUUGAAAUCAAUGGGAACCAAGUGUCUCGAGAGGAAUCUUUGUUGCAAUGUCAUAUGUGUGGUCAGCAGGGAUUCACGGCAAGAAAAUUAAAGGAACACUUGAAAAUUCAUCGAGGAACAAAGGAGUAUCAGUGUAUAGAAUGCGCAUCGAAAUUUUAUACUAACGGUGGAUUAAAUAGACACUCAAAGAUACACAUGAAUAAACAACAAUGGAAGUGUUUCUCUUGCGAGAAAUAUUUCAAUAAUAGAAUGCAAUUGCGGUCGCACAACAAAGUUCAUGGAAACUCUACUUGGAAUGCAACGUCUCCAAGAAUAAAUACUGACGAAGAAAUUCUAAUUUCGUCGGAAAUACAAACGGCCGUAGAUAACGAAUCGCCGUUGAAUGAAAUCGUGAUAGAUUCGGACUCAGCCGUAUCCGAAAGGGUUCUAUUGGACACAGUUGCCGAAAAAGAAGUGAUGGAUCGAGUGGACUACAUCGAAACGGAGGAGAAGGAACGAAAGGAGUAUACAAACAAGUGCAAGUACUGUCCAAAAACAUUUCGUAAACCGAGCGAUCUUGUAAGGCACAUACGUACACAUACGGGCGAACGUCCGUACAAGUGUGAUUAUUGUAACAAGAGUUUUGCCGUCAAGUGCACCUUAGAUUCUCACACUAACGUUCAUACUGGUAAAAAAACGUUUCGUUGUCACGUAUGCAGCAGUUUGUUCGCAACGAAGGGUAGUCUGAAGGUUCAUAUGCGUUUACAUACAGGCUCGAAACCGUUCAAAUGUCCCGUCUGCGAUUCAAGAUUUCGAACAUCAGGUCAUAGGAAAGUACACUUACUGAAACACGUCCGGGAGCACAAAGGUAUUUCGAAGAGAAAACAAAAACACUUGAAAAUCGCUGCAAUAGCGGAAGUCGCAGCUGGCAUUGAAAAAUGCGGUGACACGGGUGAUGUGAAGGUAAGCCGCUUCGAGCAAGAACAACAACAACAAGACCACCACGAGCAAACCACCGAAUCCGAAUAUUCACAUUUAGAGGCAAUUAGCGUCGAAACAACAGCAUCAUGCUUGGCUGAUCAAAUUACUUUUGACGCGGAUGGUUCUGUACCUAAUAAUAAUUCGAUACUAUCCGUUAACGAAAGCAGUCUAGUUGCCAACUUGCAUUUUCUGCUGACACAUGGUCUCGUUACCAUUCAAACGGAAGAAACGUUAUUAUCGCAGUCUGCGUCAACUCAUACGUUGAAUCACCAUUCGACUAUUGUUUCUGACCCUCUAUGUACAUCUAUGAUAAAUAUUACGCCGGAAGCCGGUAAUCAGGAUCAUUCUAAAGAUACAGCACAUAUGGGGCACAUGUUAAAAACCCAACUAUCAUCUCCGUAUCAGUUGCAGUCGAAUAAUUGUCUCCUAACCGUCGGAACAUCGACACAGAUGGAGCCGUUUUCAAAGAUUUCGAUGGUUGAGAAACAGUUGCCCGUAACAGGAAAAGUGUCCGUCAAAGGGAAUUCAUCGAAGAAAGAGUGCGACGUUUGUGGAAAAACGUUCACAAAACCUUAUCAGGUUGAGAGGCAUAAACGAAUUCAUACAGGCGAACGGCCGUACAAAUGUGAUUUAUGUGUGAAGUCGUUCGCCCAAAAGUCAACCUUACAGAUGCAUCAAAAACAUCAUACGGGUGAUCGACCGUAUCUCUGUCCGCAUUGCGAAUAUUCGUUUACACAGAAAGGAAACCUUCGUACGCACAUAAACCGCGUUCAUCGGCUGGAUACCGUCGAUUCAAAGAAAAUUAAACACGCUCGUCAAUCUGUACAACGCAAAUCACUUGAAAACAAUUUUAUUGAGGUUAAGAAUCUCAGUUUAGACGAUAUAUCGUUCGUUGAACUUCUUAAGUAAAUUCUAUCUUCUUUACUUUUACCUCAA